ACAUGCACACACACACAGCUCCCUCCCUCCCUCUCUCUCUCUCUCGGUAAUACACACUAACACACGCACACAUGCAGACACACACAGUCAGUCAGUCAUCAACCUCAUUCAACUCCCUCCCAGCCACGGGUCAGCAGCUCAGACAGGCACCUUGUUCCUCUCCAGCUGGAUACAGCGGAGCAUCGCAAGGUGCAUAGACACACACAUUUACACACAUAUAUAAACACAAACGCACAAGCAUCAUCCUUCAACCCAAGGACUUUUUAUCUUUGGAACGGGAAGGCGGACUUCAUUCCGAGGAGGAAACCGGACAAGAGAGCAACUUUCAUUCACUGAAGAUAUGUGAAAGGCAAGAAGAUGACCUCUGCAGGAACUUUGACAAGCUUGAUGCACAUGACUACAGCCUGCACAAUAAGGUGCACCUCGGGAGUGUGACCCACCAUGUGCAGAUGGACGCCAUCCCAAGCUCACCUCCAUCCUCCUGAACCUGCUCUCAGGCGACGCCAACCUCCCCCGCCGCUGACCAACGCAGCCUCCUUCUGCCGGGCAUGCCUGGUCUUACUUCUGGUGGCCGCCGGUGCUGCCUCUGGGGCCUGUCCUCCCGGGUUAGGCCACGAACCCCUCCAGGUGGUCACAGGCAGCUUGAAUUGCUCAUGGACGUUGGAGAGGCACACUCGCAGUUACAACCACCUCGAGGGCGAUGUGAGGCUGCGGCGGCUUUAUUCGGCCAACAAGUUCUUCCUCUGCAUUGACAAAACAGGGAAGGUGGACGGCACGCGGCGGAAAAACUACGCAGACAGUCUGAUGGAAAUACGAUCUGUCAGUGUGGGAGUUGUUGCCAUCAAAUCUGUCAGCACCGGGCUGUACUUAGCCAUGUCCAAGAAAGGCACGCUCUUCGGAUCGGUCAAGUACAACCCCAGCUGUAAGUUCAAGGAGCGCAUCGAGGAGAACGGCUAUAACACCUACGCCUCCCUCCGCUGGAAGCACGGCGGCAGGCAGAUGUUCGUCUCCCUCAAUGGGCGGGGCAAGCCGCGGAGAGGUCACAAGGCUCGGCGGAGACACCCGUCCACUCACUUCCUGCCGAUGCUGCCCUCCUAGCUCGGCCGUGUUUAGCCUCCUCGGACUCGGAUGGCCUUGUUUAUUUUUAUCCUCAGUUUCUCCCACCGUGUCAGAUAUAUGUACAUUGGAUCAGAUCUGUGACAUGUAUUUGUAGAGGUAGUUUGUGCUUUUAAGUUAUUUUCUAAAGACUGUAAAGACAGUAGUAUCUUCAGGCUGUGUGCGUGUGUGUGUGUGUGUGAACACUCAACAGGAGCUCCCAUUUAAAGAAGCUUCAUAUGGACUGCUUUUAGUUCAAAGUCAACAAGAAGGGAAGCAUCGAAGCCCGCAGGGAUGAACCUAUCAUCCCUAUCUUCACCGUCACCUUGGAUAUGGGACUUCUAGUGAAGGGACAUCAACUUAACAAAUGACAACUUCAUGUCUUCAUGUGACGAGAACACAGUGGAAAUAGAUGGACAAUGACUAGCCUUUCCUUUUUAGAUGAGCUGUAUGUAAAGCCUAUGCAUGCAACCGUCAAGAUGGCUUCUUCUUAUUGUGUCUGGAUGUAAAGUAAAACUAACAUUUCCACCACACCAUAGAGACCGCACUGUUAGCUCCACUCCAUGUGGCUGAUGUAGCAGCCAGUUCACAAGCAUUUUCUACACUAAAUAAAAAGGU